AUGAAGGCCACCUUCGUUACUCUCAUUGGCUUUUUGGCUAUUUCGGUUGCUGCCACCCCACUACACCCACACGUCGGUGUCUCCAUCGUGACUAGGGCUGAUGCCAAGCAGGGCAAAGACGCCAAGCAGGACGGCAAAAAGAAGGAUGCCGGCAAGGCGGGUGCAGCUGAUAAACCGGGCGCGGCCAAGAACGGCACCGCAGGCGCCGUCGGCGCAGCCGCUGGUGGAAACAGUACUGGUCCUCUUGUCCUGCCUGAUGGCCGUAUCAAGAAAGAUGCAAAGCCCGAGGACUUUAACGUUCUUGCCAGCGUCUUCAAGAGCGCUGUUGUCAAGGGCGACGGCCUGAAAUUCAGUGACGUUAUCUCCUUCCCGGAUGUGGAACCAUCUCUGUUUGACAAAGCUGGCAACACCAAGGCCUUCGCCAUCAACAUCGAUGACAAGUCCAUUUUCGUCCCCAAAGGCGGCGAGCCCCAGCCCAACAUCCGUCGUGCAGAUCUGCUGCCGAGCAUCCGCUCCCAGCUGGACGACGUGGCCGUCAAGGGCGUGCGCACCCUGCACUUCUCCGUCCAGCGCGACGCCAAAAAGCCCCUCGACGAGACCCACGACUACCAGCUCGUGAACCUCGAGUCCAAGGAUUUCAAGUUCCAUCAGUUCGACGUCCGCACCGGCGCCGAAAACAAGAAGGAUAUUGCCAUCUUUGGCAACUCCAAGUCCCCCACCCCGGAGAAGAUAUUUUCGACCCCCUUUGGCGACAAGGGUUUCGAGAACUUUGCUAUAAAGCUUGAUUUCGAUGCCAACACCAUGCAAGUCUUCCACAGCACGGGCACCGAACCCCUUAAGCAGGUCACUGAGCCUGUCAAAAACGACCUUGCCGGGCUCGGAGAGUACCACUUCGCCCUGGUUAAGAACGCCAUUGGAACCGACCCACAGCCGACUGGCAUCAAUGAGGCGAUCAUCUACGGUGGCAUUUUCAUGGAGGACUCCACCGAUGGAAAGGUUUCCCUCCAGUAG